UCCGUUAUCGGCGACAUGUGGGUUGAACAGAGAAUACAUACAUUAAAAUAAGUUUCGUCGAUUUGUUUGUUUAUUACAGAAAACAGUUACUAUUUAUAGUCCGUUUCAAUUGAAAACUAAAUAACACUGUAGUAAAAAUGUGUAGUGGAUAAACUGUGUCGCAAUCGUUUUAAAAUAAGUUUUUGCACUUAAGUUCUGGGAAUUUUGGAUUUUAUCAUCUUUGGAACUGGAUGUGACGCCACCAUGUGGUUGCUUGCGGCGUUGGGCGUGGUGACUAGCGCAUCCCGAGCGCUCUCCGCCAGUUACUGCUCAACCAACACAUUCCCCACGAACACCUCCUGGAUGCACUUCAGCAAAGAACCGAUCUCCUUCGAAUAUGGCUUCCAAGACAAAUUCAAGAGCAUACACUGUUGUGUCAGAGGAUACAGGAGUAUAGAAUGGUUCAAAGAUGGCGUGACGUACCCCUGGUCAGCUGGAGUUUCGAACCUCAUCCUGUACCCAGAGGCUGCCAACCAGACGCUGUACACGCGGCGCGCUGCCCAAACCGACUCGGGCAACUACACUUGCAGGCUGAGCAACGAGACCCACAGCGAGACACAUACAGUCAGGCUUGACAUUUUAGAAAAGCCGACUGACACGCCGAAAACAAUGUUCAUUUCGAAGGACAAGUGGGUGGAGGAAGGGGGCGAACUGCGACUCUUCUGCGAAGCGCUUAUUGGUCGACUGUACUUAGCAGACGCUAGAAGUGAACUGCGUUGGUGGAAGGUGUGGCCGAACGGCACCGAGGGUGACCUUUUACCCACACAAGUUGAGAUUAAAACCGCGAGGGACGACGUGAAAGACAUUAUCGGCUCGUAUUUGAACAUAAGGAGCGUGUCGGCGCAGGACUACAGCACUUACGUGUGCGUGGUGCACAGCAACGAUGUCGUCUCGCGAAACUACGUCACCGUGCACUAUAAGUCUAAUGGCCUGACAGGCGACGGAGCGUGGUGCGCGGGCGGGGAAGUCCCGUGGCGGGCGAUAGCGUUAAGCGGAACGGCGGCAGCUAUCCUGCUGUUGUCCCUAUUCGUCUUCCACAAGCAGUGCACCCCGAGACUACUGCUGGCGGUGAGACACGCUCGGGCGAGGGCAGCCACCGCCGCACAUCGAGCGAGAGUAUUGGAGAAGGAAUUCGACGUGCUGGUGUGCUGGACAUCGGUUGACGGGGAGUUGGUGCGAGGUGCUUUGCUCCCCACUCUAUCGCUGAAGUACAAAUACCGCGUGCACACUGUCAUACUGUCCACGCAGCCCGACAACUGGUACAGCGAACUGGUGGGCGAGGUGUCCCGGUGUCGGUCGGUUGUUGCGGUGAUGUCACCCGCGCAAUACACGCCCCCACAGCUACUCACCGCAUUGAGGCAACUGAGUGCGUUAUCAGUGCCUCCGGUAGUCGUGUUACUGCAGGAUUUGCCGAAACUGAAGCGCGAGGCUAAGGACGCGGGCUCGCGGCUGGUGGAAGUGUUGCGGCGAACUCGCCUCGUGGCGUGGCGGCACGUGCACGAGCGCGCCUUCUGGACCGCACUGCGCCUCGCGUUGCCGCUACCGCCGCCGCCGCCGCACCCGAGCGCCCGGGAGGAUAAAUUAAGCACAAUAGAGACGGAAGACAGUAAAAACUCUCGUUCGGGAAGUUUGACCGCGCUCGUGUGAAACACUUGGCAUACGUGACGUUUGGCAUUACGGACUCUCGCCCAGCCGCGAAGAAUCGAGGCAGUUAUAUGUUGUGUAUAAAGUAGUGAUAAAAGUGUGUGACGCCGAGCGGUAACGCCGCGGACUAGUGCGGACAUCUGUGCCGCAAAAUGUAUCAAGACUGUGAGUAGAUUAUUUAAAAAAAACAUAUUUUGAUCACAUUAGGAAUGUACGCAUUGUCUUUUUCAAAUACCAAGUCUCUUAUAUCGAAUUUCAGAUCGCAAGAUCUUAUUCAUUCCUAAGUUGAUUAUUAGGGAAGUUCGCGUAUUUCAAGAUCGUUUAACGUAAAAUACUCUGACGAUCAAUCUAGUAGACAUUUUUUAAUAAUUGCUUGCGAAUUAGUGCAAUUAUGUUUGUUAACUAGCCUAUAAAACUGUACUGCUGGACCCCUUCCUUUGGCCCUUUUCCAAGGGUUUGCCCAUAAUCACCAUGAUGGGCAGUCGAGUUGUCGUACGACACCCGCGGAAAGAGGAGGGUGGUGAUAACUGUAUUUUGAUCUGCCAUCACCACAUGGCAUUAUGUUAGUUAAUGCUAUGGACUUAUUUGAUUACAGCGGGUUCAUUGAACAAACAAAAUGGCAUCGAAUUAUUGGUGCUAAAAUGCUAAAAGAGCACCACGCGAUCGCAGGUGAUAACUGAUGAUUAAAUUGAAUUCGCCAAACGAAGCCUCACCUGUUAGUUAUUGCCGCAUAUCUGUUUUACCAAGGUUAUAGCGUAAUUACGAAAAUACAAUGUGGGCCGUGCUAGUUUAUGAGUAUUCUCAUAGGUGGCGUUGGUUCAUUUGUUGGUCGGACAUAUGUUCUUUUAACCACAUUUAUGCGUUUAUAUCUAUAGGUAAAGUAUGAUUAUUUUAGUAAUAAUCCUUAUACAUGCAUAAUAAUUAUAAAACAAUAGGUUAAAAACAGUACUGCGUAAUUCGUAUGAAUUGCACUUUACGCACACUACACAAUAAGACCGCUGAGCUCUUUACGUGACGCGCUUAAAAAGUAUUAGUAUGAAAUGUAAGGGUACUUCGUAUUUGAAUAAAGUACAAUAAUAAUAAAUAGACGUAGUUAAACUCGAAAUCUGUAUACAGUUUUCUGAAGAUCUCAGUGUCUCUUGCUGAAGCUACUUACGGACUCUUUUUCGUUUCUCUUUCUUGUGCCAAAGGGAAAUUUGCGAACAUGACAAUUAAUAUUUAAAUGUUUGGUUGUAUUCUAUUUAUUUAAUUUAUAAAUUAAACAAUUAUUGUGAACUAUCUUAAAAAAAAUGAGUAUUAAAAGUAUUAUUUUUUAAGUGUUUUCUGUCAUUUUCUGUUAGUCUAUCUUUUUAUUCUUACUUUAAUUUAAAACUGAAUUACAACAAAACGAGACGGUUUACAGGUCUGUGAUAAUACUUAAUUGUGGGACGUGUAGAAUAGGCAGUCGUGUGUAAAGUGGAAAAAGAACAUCCAGCAAUAGAGUUUAUUGUGACAGAGCUCGUUCGGGAAGUAUUACCGCCAUGUUUAUUUGUGCCGCUAAUCAGCAUUGUUGCAAUGCUGUGUUCCGAUCUACAGGGCGUAGUGGCCCUAGGUCCUUAGCACCUAAGCCCCUCUGCACACGAUUGUUUCUUGGCUAUUUUAUUUGUAUUUUGUGUAUUAUACUUAUAAGAAACAAAUAUUAAUGUAAAAAGGGUAUUACACUGUAAUCAACUAUAAAAUAACUAGUAAAUAAUUUAUUUAAACCUAUGGAAUCGCCCCAUUUUUUAUCUCCGCUAUAUUUUCGAUUGGGACACGCUCCUGUACGAGUAGCUAUAAGUUUGGUGGGCACAAUAAAAUCAUGUUAAAUACUGGUCGUCAGUAAUGCCCAUUAUAAAUUACAUGUCCGCUAUAAAAUACUUUGUCUGUUUCCUACUAGAGUUUAAUUUUGAUAUUUUGCUUAUCUAUCUAUUUUGUUACUUUUCUUAUAAGAACUUCGCACUUCACCGUUCUUCAAAGUUCUUUACUGUUCGUUAUAAUUUAAAGCCUGCUUAGAAAUAUAUAAUGAAACAUAAGUGUGAUGCCCAAUCAUUAAAUAGUUUCUGCAUUAUUGUAUUAUAGAUAUUUAAACCGGGACAAGUUUAAUUUUAUCUUUUGUAGUAUGAUUAUAUUCCUUACAUUCCAAAUUGUUUCUCUAUGAUAGCAUUAAGUUGGUAUAAAUUUAUUGUAAAAAAUGUGAACAGAAAAAUAAAGCGAUUAAAAUGAUA